GAAGUUUUGGCAGCCAGGGCCUGAGAGAGGUCAAGGGUCAGUGCAGAGCCAAGGAAGAGAUGGUGAAGCAGACGAUCCAGAUUUUCGCCAGGGUGAAGCCCACUGUCCGGAAGCAGCAACAAGGGAUUUAUUCCAUAGAUGAAGACGAAAAAUUAACACCUAGCCUGGAAAUUACCUUACCUCGUGAUUUGGCAGAUGGGUUUGUGAAUAAUAAGCGAGAAAACUACAAAUUUAAAUUUCAAAGGAUUUUUGAUCAGAAUGCAAACCAAGAGACCAUUUUUGAAAACAUUGCCAAACCAGUUGCUGAGAGAUGGGGAAAAGUUCUGCCAAAGGACAAGAUAUUGGUGGUGCAAGAAGCCAGCGGUGUCCUGGCAGGUUACAAUGGCACCAUCUUUGCAUAUGGGCAGACAGGCAGCGGUAAGACGUUCACCAUCACGGGUGGUGCAGAGCGCUACAGUGACAGAGGCAUUAUCCCAAGGACACUGUCGUACAUUUUUGAGCAACUACAAAAGGACAGCGGCAAAAUAUAUACAACACACAUUUCCUAUUUGGAAAUCUACAAUGAAUGUGGUUAUGAUCUGUUGGAUCCAAGACAUGAAGCCUCCAGUUUGGAAGACUUGCCGAAAGUGACAAUAUUGGAGGACCCCGAUCAGAACAUUCACCUGAAAAACCUGUCUCUGCAUCAGGCAACCACCGAGGAAGAAGCUCUGAAUCUGCUUUUCUUAGGAGACACCAACAGAAUGAUUGCAGAGACUCCUAUGAACCAAGCUUCAACUCGUUCCCACUGCAUUUUCACUAUUCACUUAUCGAGCAAAGAACCAGGAUCUGCAACUGUUCGACAUGCCAAACUUCAUUUGGUUGACCUGGCUGGUUCAGAGCGCGUUGCAAAGACUGGAGUAGGGGGCCAACUUCUAACAGAGGCCAAGUAUAUCAACUUGUCACUGCAUUACUUAGAGCAGGUUAUCAUUGCCCUUUCAGAAAAACACCGUUCGCACAUUCCCUACAGGAACUCCAUGAUGACCAGUGUCCUAAGGGACAGUUUGGGAGGGAACUGCAUGACGACCAUGAUUGCAACACUCUCUUUAGAGAAAAGGAAUAUCGAUGAGUCUAUAUCUACCUGCAGAUUUGCACAACGAGUGGCACUCAUAAAGAAUGAAGCUGUUCUUAAUGAAGAAGUUGAUCCCAGAUUGAUGAUUAUACGCCUACAAAAGGAAAUCCAGGAACUGAAGGAUGAACUGGCCAUUGUCACUGGGGAGCAGAGGACAGAGGCACUCACAGAAGCAGAGCGACUUCAGCUGGAAAAACUAAUAACAUCCUUUCUGGAAGACCAGGAUCCAGAAAGUAGACUAGAGGUUGGCACCGAUAUGCGUAAAGUUCAUCACUGUUUCCAUCAUUUAAAGAAACUAUUGAAUGGGAAGAAGAUCCAUGGAGAGAGCACGGUCUCCUCUGAAAUCCAACAUCAAGACUGCCAAGAACCAUUGAAAGAGGAAGAAUAUAAAAAGCUCCGAGAUAUUCUACAGCAGAGAGAUAACGAAAUCAAUAUUCUGGUCAAUAUGUUAAAGAAGGAAAAGAAGAAAGCUCAAGAUGCUCUCCACUUGUCUAGCAUGGAUGGAAGUGAAUUUAGACACUCCCAGAGCUCGCUCUUCCCGCCAGGGAACCCAGAAGGUCCAAGGAUGUUUCUCUCCUCAGCUCCCACACAGGCUCAGGAUGUCAGCACUUUGGGGUACAGAUCCAGUUUGCUCCACAGAAAAACAGAGAUGAGAGAAGAAAUGUCAUUAGGACGCCAGGAGGCUUUUGAAAUCUUCAAGAGGGACCAUGCUGACAGCGUUACCAUCGAAGACAACAAGCAGAUUCUGAAACAGAGAAUUUCUGAAGCAAAGGCCCUGGGAGAAAGUAUAAAUGAAGCAAGAAGUAAAAUUGGUCGCCUGAAGGAAGAAAUCACCCAGCGGCAUAUGCAGCAAGUAGCUCUAGGCAUCUCGGAAAACAUAGCCACACCCUCUGUGCCGGACCAGCUGGAAGAGAAGCUGAGAUCACAGCUGGAGGAAGAAAAGAGAAGGUAUAAGGCCAUGUUCUCGCGCCUCAAGGCCCUGAAGGUGGAGAUCGAGCACCUGCAGUUUCUCCUGGACAAAGCCAAGGUGAAGCUGCAGAAGGAGUUUGAAGCCUGGUGGGCAGAGGAGGCCACCAGCCUGCAGGUAAACUCUCCAGCAGUGAAAGCCCUCAGUCCCAUGAAGCCCUUUCCCCAGAUGCCUGUACCCCAGCAUGAAAAGUCCCAGCAUCUCUCCAACAAAAGAAGGAAUGUCAAUGUGAGAAAUGAAUUCAUUGUCAAAGGCUGAUUGGUCAGGAGAGAGGACAGAAGUAAUUCGUGUGAUGUGAAUGCCAGGAAAAUCCUGCCCUCACCUUGCCCCACCCUGCACAGCCAGGAGCAGAGCAGCACCAGCGCCUCCCCGGAAGACAGCAUCCCUGCAAGGUCAACGUCGUCCGUCCCUCUCACCGGGGACAGCCAGACAGACUCAGACAUCUUGGCGUUCAUCAAGGCCAGACAGAGCAUCCUGCAGAAGAAAUACCUUCAGCUCCUUUGUUCUCUCUCCCCAAAGCCAGCUCUCCUUCACUCAGCCCUCUCAGAACAGGAGGGGCUGAGUGACGGUUUGGAAACUUGCUGA